AUGUGUGUAAGACUUGAAAAAGGAUGGUGGGGCUGGGAGCAACCAUUAAUUUUAUUUUCUUUUAUUUUACACCCAUCUUACAGAUUUGACAAAUUCAAUACUACUCUUCCCAAGCUUAAUUGGGUUGAUUUUGGUCAAUUGUUGAUAUAUUAUUAUUGUGCAUGGAAACAAAGCCAGCCAGUGAAAAUACUUCGUGAGUUUGGAUUGGUGUGCAAAGAAAACAACUGA